AAGAAAUAGUAAAUAAUAAUAAAUUUCUUCAAUCCGGCCUUCAAAACUAUAUUGUUGUCAAUGCAAGUUUUGAAGGUCUGAAAUAAUGGACAAUCCACUCAUCCUCCUCAUCAUCUCAAUCCUUUUCCUCUCAUCACAAACCAUCUCCUUAGCCAGUGAGAGUGAGGGAACCAAAUUUACCUAUAUUAGUGGAGCUGAGAAUGGCCCAGGGAAAUGGGGAAAACUUCACACAAAUUAUACAGUCUGCAAUGCUGGUAACAUGCAGUCUCCCAUUAAUAUUGAUGACUCCACUGUUAAGGUUACCUCCAAAUUUGGGGAGUUGAUUCGACGUUACAAAUCGUCUGAGGCUAUAAUCAUCAACAAAGGCCAUGCUCUUCAGAUCCAGUGGACAGGUGAUGCCGGAAAGAUUAUCAUUAACGGUACUGAUUACUUCAUGUUACAAUGCCACUGGCAUACUCCCUCUGAGAACACUGUGAACGGCAAAAAGGUUGAUAUGGAGAUUCAUCUGGUUCAUAGGAGUGCAAAAGAUGAAUUUGCUGCUGUCUCCAUCUUAUACAAAAUAGGAAAACCUGAUAAGUUCCUUGGACAAUUGCUGAACAGCAUCAGGCAAGUUGAUCGCAAUGGUAAAGCUUUAGGCGCCCUUAAUCCAGGAAAGAUCACAUAUGAGGGCAAGAAAUAUUACAGAUUCAUUGGUUCCCUCACUACCCCACCAUGCUCACAGGGUGUCAUCUGGACAGUAACCAAAGAGGUAAAGACAGUAUCACAGGAACAGAUAAACUUAUUAAAGGAAGCUGUUGAUGAUGGUUACGAGGAAAAUGCAAGGCCACUGCAACCACUGAAUGGAAGGACAGUAUAUCUCAAUCAACCAUAGGAACGUUGUUGCCGGUGCUGUUUAGGAAUUAUAUGUAUUGAGGGAGCUGAGUGAUUGCCCACCAUUAAACUGAAUAUACAAAUCAUUUUCAAACAUAAUAAUUUCAAUACAUUAUGUUUUAUAAUUAUAUAUUUGUAUAUGAUUCAUGAUAAUGUAAUUAAAUUUUUGGUCAAUCUUUAA